AUGACCAACGGCCGAACACUACUCAAAUUAGCCCGAAUAAAAGACUUAGAGCAACGACCAACCCAGCAGCAGUUAGACCAAGCAGUCCGGACAGCCCAAGACAAUUAUAAAAGUUAUAUUGCUCCGGAAAAUUUAGAACAGGAAGCCAAAAAAGCCGAAGGCCGCGAAAAAGACAGGUUGAAAGUAUCAACAAGCGGACUUAGACCAGAUGCAGCCGAUUUAGCCAACGCCAAAAAAGGUCUAAUUAACCCCCAAAAUAUUACCAAGUCCGACCAAAAGGCAUUAAAAAAAGUGGGUUAUGAACCAGUCACCGAAUUAAAAACUGCGGCCGAAGUAAAUCGCCAAUUAGAUAAAAUAGCCGCUGAAUUAGGUUUAGAAAAUCGUGAUAAUUUAACGGAUAGUAAUUUGCAAGACCUAAAAGAUAGUCAAAACCGAGCUAAUAUCACCUUGGCCGAAUUGAAAAAUUUACAUGAUAAGAAAGAAGCGGCCGAAACCGCCCGGGAUGCCCGUCCUAAUACUAAUUUAACCUUAGACCAGAUAACUAGUUUACAAGCCAACCAAAGUGAACUUACCCGCUUGGAAAAAAUAAUUGGAGCCGGAAAAACCGAUGCUGAACUACAAGAAUUUAUAACUGCUAAAAAUAAUCUCCCCCUAAUCACCGCCCAAGUUGAAACUCAACUGACUAAUGCUAAUAGCAUGAUUGCUGAUUUAACUCAGCAAAUAAAAGCCGAACGCCAAGCUAAAACUACUGAACAGGCUGCUCACCAAAGAACCCAAGAAAAAUUAAAAACUAAAAGUAAAUUAAAAGCCGAGCAAAUAGGAAUUACUGCCGCUGACGCCCGAGCCGCCGUGGCUAAGGAUUUAAGCGAACAAUUAACUCAGGCUCAGAAAAAUAACACUGUUUUACAAGAACAAUUAACUACUGCUGGAAAGGAGAAUGAGGAAUUAGCCACUAAGUUAAACACUACUGCAACAGCACAGGAUAAUUUAAAAAAGGAAAAUGAUGACUUAAAAACUAAAUUAGACAUUGUUAUUUGGGAGCAAGAUAUCUUAGAAGAAGAAAAAAAAUACGCAAAAAAAAUGGAAGGGUUUUACCGAACCCAAGCCGAGUUAGCCGAGCAAACUUAUCAAAAAGAGCGGCAACAAAAAGACCAAUCCGUCCUUGAAUUAGAAAAAAUUCUGGCUAACCAAAUAUCCCAACAUAAUAAGGCAGUCGAGCAAUUAACGACCGAGAAAAAAGACUUAGUCGAGCAAUUAGCCCAAUUAUUACAAGCCCAAGUUAAUAAAUACCAAGGCUGGAAAUCGCCCGCUGAUAUUGCCCAACAAGUAAAAGCCGCCGUGGCUGACCAAACCCAGCAGUUUAAAAAUAAGUUUAAUUGA